UGGCGUCUUCUUACAAACAUACGAGUUUUAUUCACUAAAAUCUCAUUAAACGGGGGGGUUAUUUCUAUUUAGUUGCCAUUUUGUCGGAGGAUUUCCGCUAUUCUGUGAGACAAUUUAACGAUUUUUGUGACAGGCGAAACUUCCCAGCCUCGGCUAGGCGGCUCGUCCCGUUAUGCGGACUACACCCACUAGCAUAAAUGUCACCGUUUCAACGGCUCGUUGCUACUGACGGUUGACGCCGCAUAUUUAUACCGAUAAUAACCUUUGCCGCUCCGUAGUGUCGGGGAAAAUUAAGAGUUUGUUUUCUGGCCGACGGCGGCGGUGUUCGUGGCGUCAGCCUGAUGCUAAUGCGUUUCGGGAGCAACAGUUGUCUCGCGCUGGUGAAGUUGUGGUUAAAUUUCAGUUGGAGCGGAAGCUAAAUCGGCGGGUAAACAGGUCUCGCUUCCGUCCGGUGACGGAUUCAUCCUCUCAGCUGUUGGGUGAAAGGAGGAGGGGAAGCAAACAUGCCUAAACCGAUCAAUGUCCGUGUGACCACCAUGGAUGCAGAGCUGGAGUUUGCCAUCCAGCCCAACACCACAGGCAAACAGCUCUUUGACCAGGUGGUGAAGACGGUGGGUCUGCGGGAGGUCUGGUUCUUCGGUCUGCAGUACACAGACAGCAAAGGUUACGUCACCUGGCUAAAACUGAACAAAAAGGUAACUCAGCAAGAUGUGAAGAAAGAAAACCCCAUGCAGUUCAAGUUCAGGGCCAAGUUCUUCCCAGAGGACGUGUCUGAAGAACUGAUCCAAGAGAUCACACAGAGACUCUUCUUUUUACAGGUCAAAGAGGCCAUUCUGAACGAUGAGAACUACUGUCCCCCAGAGACGGCUGUGUUACUGGCUUCCUAUGCUGUCCAGGCCAAGUAUGGAGACUACAACAAAGAUGUUCAUAAGGCUGGAUACCUAACCCAUGACAGACUACUGCCUCAGAGAGUUCUGGAGCAGCACAAGCUGACAAAGGAGCAGUGGGAGGACCGGAUACAGACCUGGCAGGAGGAACACCGAGGAAUGAGCCGAGAAGAUUCAAUGAUGGAGUACCUUAAAAUCGCACAAGACUUGGAAAUGUACGGAGUCAACUACUUUGAGAUCAAAAACAAGAAGGGCACACAGCUGUGGCUGGGUGUGGACGCUCUUGGUCUCAACAUCUAUGAACACGAGGACAAAUUGUCACCAAAGAUUGGCUUCCCUUGGAGUGAGAUCAGAAACAUCUCAUUCAACGAUAAGAAAUUUGUCAUCAAGCCCAUUGACAAAAAGGCACCUGACUUUGUGUUUUACGCCCCGCGACUGCGCAUCAACAAGCGUAUUUUGGCGUUGUGUAUGGGAAACCACGAGCUGUACAUGAGGAGGAGAAAGCCCGACACCAUCGAGGUGCAGCAGAUGAAGGCUCAGGCCCGAGAGGAAAAGCACCACAAGCAGAUGGAAAGGGCCCAGCUGGAAAACGAAAAGAAGAAGCGAGAGCUCGCUGAGAAGGAGAAGGAGCGGAUAGAGCGAGAGAAGGAGGCGCUCAUGGAGAGGCUGCAUCAGAUUGAGGAGCAGACGAUGAAAGCUCAGAGAGAGCUUGAAGAACAGACUCGGCGGGCCAUAGAGCUGGAGCAGGAGAGACAGCGAGCUCGAGAGGAGGCUGAGAAACUGGAGAGGGAGAGACGAGCAGCUGAGGAGGCCAAGGCGGAGCUGGCCAAGCAGGCGGCCGACCAGCAGAAGACCCAAGAGCAACUGGCUGCAGAGCUGGCCGAGUUCACAGCGAAGAUCGCUCUGCUGGAAGAGGCCAAGAGGAAGAAGGAGAACGAGGCCACCGAGUGGCAGCAUAAGACCGAGGCUCUGUCUGCUCAGGAGGACCUGGAGAAGACCAAGGAGGAGCUGAAGACGGCGAUAACGCCGGCGCCCGCUCACCCCGGCGGCCAGGCCGAGCACGAGCACGACGAGCAGGACGAGAACCACGCCGAGGCCAGCGCCGAGCUGUCCAACGAGGGCGUCAGCCAGCUGGACCUGCGCAGCGAAGAGGCCCGCGUCACCGAGGCGCAGAAGAACGAGCGCGUCAAGAAGCAGCUGCAGACUUUAAGCUCGGAGCUGGCCGACGCCCGGGACGAGACCAAGAAGACGCAGAACGACGUGCUGCACGCCGAGAACGUGAAACAGGGCCGAGACAAGUACAAGACGCUGCGGCAAAUCCGCCAGGGCAACACCAAGCAGCGCAUCGACGAGUUCGAGUCCAUGUGAGAGUUUCCCCCUCAUGGGACAUUGCCAAAGCUUCUUCAGAUAGAGCCACUCUGAACAAGUAACAUAUCGGGGGGGGGGAUGACUGUAAAACCAAAAGCUAGAUUUCAUUUUGUACUGAGUAAACCUGGCCAUAGAAGCUACUUUCUUCUUCUUGUUUUCCUUAACAUGUAUGCAAAGCUCUAGUCUGAUCCAAGAUUCCCUCCAUUUCUGCUUUUUUUUUUGUUUGUGUGUGUGGACUUUCUUGUUUAUUAAUGAUGCCCUUAUUCUUCUUUAGUUUAAUCCAGGUUAGAUCUGUGAAGUUAAAGUUUACUUAGCUUCAUCGUGUCUAAACAUAUCAAAUAUGAGAGCUGAGGUUACUUCAUUAUGUUGCUUAUUCAAACUAUAAUUUAACAUUUAGAGGUUUAUGCGGGAGAAAUGGAGCUGCAGUAUUUUAAUGGUUCACUUCCGGGCUGAUCCGAGCGGCAGUAUUCUGAGAUUUUAAAAAGAUCUUUUCUGUGAAUGAAGAAGAAGAAGUGAACGUCCCGCAGCAAGUUUUGAUGAUUGAAUGUAGCAACGAUCGCAAAGGGAAACUGUUUUGUUUCCUUUUUUUUUUUACAGGAGCAAUAAUCAGCGUGUGCCACUCAAAGUAUUGUAAAGAUAAGCUAAAUGGUUCGGUCCCAGUCACCGUCGAUGGUUUUCACUGCCUACCAGCUCACAAAGGGAACCCAGGGAGUAAAACGGAUAGAGUCGACGCUUUUUUAAGGCGUCUCUUAUACGAAAAACAUCAGUUCCAAAGCGGGACGCGUCUCUACCUCAGUUGUUAAAGCAGUGGUGACUGGAAUCAAACACUUGGGUCCUCCCUUCCCUCUCUUUCUACAGAAUAAACAAACGUAACGCCCCCCCAAAGCUGAAAAAGUUUUGCCCCAUAAAAUGUAACAUAAUGGUGAAAUAAAUAAACAUUUCAAUAAUUGUUAUUAACGUAAUGUUAACAUUUGUAUGUUUUGUUUUUAUUAGGCCUGCCUUUUGUGUUAAACUUUCGUAUUCUUGUAUUGUUUUUUUUUUUUUUUUUGCCAUAGCAGGUGGAAAGAAAUGAUUUUUGUGCUUCCAGCUCCUGAUUUUUGUAUUGUGUUGAAAAACUGGAAAGCCAGCAGCCAAGGGACAUUUUAGUAGCCGACACGUCUGCGCUCUCAAACUCGUGUCCAAGCUGUAAGAUUUCAGUUUGACUCACUUUUUUUUUUUUUCCUGAUGUUCAUGUUAGUUUUCUUUCAGGUGGAUCAUGAUCCAUUUAUUUGGCUCACAAAUAAAAGUUUUACAUUUUAA